UGCGAGAGACAAUAGAGAGUCCAGUCUAGAGGCCGAGCGGCGUGCCGACGGGCGUCAACGGCGCGCGUACCAAACCCCAACCAACCGACUUCUCGCCGCUCUCCUGCCCGCCCGCGCAUCCCCACGUGGUGUGCGCGCCCCGCUGAAUGAAAGACGCGGGCAUCGGCAGGCGGCGCACCUCGUCCGCAUACCACGCGGCUGGGGGCGGCCGACCCAGCCUAGGCGCGGGAGGCGUAAACAACGCAACAUUGAGCAGCAGCAACAGUUACAGCAGCAGCUAUAGCAGCAGUAGCAGCAAUUGCAAUAGCAGUGACGCCGCGUUAGCCGCUACAGGGACUGACCGGCGCCUCGUGCCCCCGUCGUCGUCACCCGCCGUGGGUUUCAUUUCCGCUCUCGGCUCGCUGCUCCGCUUCCCCCGGCCCCGGUGCCCGCGCCCGCGUUUCCAGCUCUGCGCGCUGUUCCUCUGCGCCGCGCUACUGCUCUGCGCCGCGUGGCUGCACCCCGCGCUGCACGCCGCGCUCCCCAGCAUCAAAACGCGCGGGCCCGACCGUCUAAACGCCGAUGGCGCCGGCGACGACGGGGAGAGCGGUAGCAGCAGCAGCAGCAGCAGCAGCAGCAGCAGCAGCAGCAGCAGUGGCGGCACGGGCGCGCAGGAGAGGUAUUUCACGAUUAACUACGGGCUGUUCGGGCGGCGGCGCAUUCCGCACCGCGUGAUGCGGUUCCGCGUGGCGUACAUCCCGCUGCCGGACGUGGGCGAGGAGGGCGGCGCGGCGGGCAUGGGGCUCAUGUACGAGCGGGGCAAGGCGUGGCUGCUCGCCAACUCCUCGCAGAUCCUCUCCCGCUUUAAGAACCCCGCCGCCGCCGCCGCGGGCGCGGGGAAGGGCGCGGGGGGGGCGGACGGGGGCGCGGGCGGGAACGGCACGGCGGUUGGAGGGGGCGCGGGGGGGAAUUCGAGCGCGGUGGCGUGCCUGCUGUGCGGGCGGAUCGGGUGGGGCGAGUGCCAGAACGACACGUGCGUCUGCCCCGCCUUCUACAGCGGCUCCCAAUGCCUCAAGGAGCACGACCUGUCAUCGUUCCCGGGGCUGGGCGGCCUGUCGGCGCAGUACGUGGGCGACGUGGUGGUGAACCGGCACAACAUGGAGGGGCACCGCUGGCUGCUGGGCUUCGCCACCGAUGCCACGCUCAGACAAGUGGCGCAGGAUGAGGGCCAGGCGGACCCGGGCGCAGGGCCGGGGGCGGGGAAACUCGAGGGGGGCGCAGGAGGGGGGGCUGGGGGGGGGCGGAUGGUGGAUAACGAGCUGCUGGACGUGCUGCCCUUGACGGACGUGCUGCCGGCGGGUCGGUCGUUCAACUCGUGUGCGGUGGUGGGGGGCAGCGGCGUGCUGCUGCAGCUGGAGGCGGGCCGCGAGAUCGACAGCCACUCCGCCGUGCUGCGCUGCAACCGCGCCCGCACCCGAGGCUUUGAGGAGCAGGUGGGGCGGCGAACCAACUUCCGAGUCACGGACUUCUACAACUGGGGCUUCCAGGAGCGCGAUGAGAAGGUGCUGGUGCCCAUUGUGUCGCGCAACACGGCACAGGGACUCAUCACGGCACGCAAGCGGUCCUACACGGUGCAGACGUACCCCAUCCACCACGCCUUCAUGCAGUACGUGACGAGGAAUGCCGGCCACGCUCCCACGGCGGGCUUCAUAGCUGUGUUCAUAGCGCUGCAGCGCUGCCAGCACGUCACACUUUACGGCUUCACUUCGGCGCCGCACUACCCAGCGCCGUACCACUACUACGACCCGUGCCAUCGCAGCAGCAAGGCAUGGCGGGAGCAGCGGGAGCGUGCGACGCUCAUUGCGCUGGCUGAUGCCGGGUUCCUUAGAUUCAGAGAGCCGUGCGUGCCAGAGUGCCAUGCGUCGCAGCAGGACUGUGCUCGCUGCACCGCCAGCUCUUCCCUUUUCAACUCCUCCGCCACCAGUACUGCCUCGCUUCCCCCUGACACCUGCCCGCCCUGCAGCUUCGCCUCCCGUGGCUGUCGCCCUCCCCCCCACUGGGCCCUGCGCCAGGUCUCGCCAGGGACAGGGGGGGCAGCAGGGGCGAAGGGGAAGCAGCAGGGGCAGCAGAGGGGGGAGGGGCGGAUGGCAGGGGUGGGGUUUGUUGGGCGUGGUGUGGGGCAAGGGGGUACUGUUGCUGCUGCUGGUGCAGCUGCUGGUGGUGGCUCUGUGUCUCGUGCUGCCACUACUGCUGCUGCUGGGGCUGCCACGGUUUCAUCAUCUGCUGCUGCUGCUGUUGCGCUUCACACACCGAUUCACACUGGUGAUGUUGCUGGCAGGGCUGGCAGUGCCGGCAGUGCUGGCGGUGCCGGUAGUGUUGCCAUUGGGGCCGUGGCAGCGACAAGUGGAGCAAACACCACAGCCGUUCCAGCUGUUGCCACCUCUGCUGCUGCCACCGCCGCCGGUGAUGCUGCUGCUGCUAAUGCCGCUGGUGCUGGUAACGCUGCUGGUACUGUUGCUGCUAAUGCCGCUGGCGCUGGUGCUGCUGCUGACGCUGGUGGCAGGCUGGAAGCGGCAAGUGAAGCAGAUGACGAGGGGCAGAUGGAGGAGAGGGAGUGGGACGCCAUGCAUGUUGAUGUGACCAAGCGGGAGCGGCUGUGGCCCGACUUCCCCACGGACUCAAAUGACACUGAGAUCAGCUUCACAGAGCCGUGGAAACACAAGGACAAGAAGAAGACGAAAAAGAAGAAGAAGCAGGCGCAGGGGAAGACGGAUGGGAAGACGGAUGGGAAGACGGAGGGGAGGACGGAAGGGAAGACAGAAGGGAAGGAGGAAAAAGGUGGAGAGAAGGAAGGUGCAAUAGAAGAGGGGAAGUAUGGAGGCAAAGGAGAGGUGGAGGGCGGGGGUAAGGAGAAGGAGGAGGGGAGUUUGGCUGGGAUGAAGGAAGGUGGUGGGACAGGUGCAUUGGGGAAGGAAUCAGGGGAGCAGGGCAAGGUGGGAGGGGACAGGCAACCAGAGCGCACGGGUGUGCGACGAGAGGAUGGCGUUGAGAUUAAGAAUGAAGCCAACUCAUUUGCUGCUGCUGUUCGCUUUGAGGGGCAAGGGGGUGGGGAUGGAGGAGAGGGCAGAGGCAAGGUGAUGGCAGCAGUGGCAGGAACGCAGCAGAGAAGUAAAGCAGUCGCUGGUUUGGAUGCAGCAUCAGGUGGUUCGGGUGCGGCAUCAGGUGGUUCGGGUGCGGCAUCAGGUGGUUCGGGUGCGGCAUCAGGUGGUUCGGGUGCAGCAUCAGGUGGUUCGGGUGCAGCAUCAGGUGGUUUGGGUGCAGCAUCAGGUGGUUCGGGUGCAGCAUCAGGUGGUUCGGGUGCAGCAUCAGGUGGUUCGGGUGCAGCAUCAGGUGGUUCGGGUGCAGCAUCAGGUGGUUCGGGUGCAACAUCAGGUGGUUCGGGUGCAGCAUCAGGUGGUUCGGGUGCAGCAUCAGGUGGUUCGGGUGCAGCAUCAGGUGGUUCGGGUGCAGCAUCAGGUGGUUCGGGUGCAGCAUCAGGUGGUUCGGGUUCAGCAUCAAGUGGUUCGGGUGCAGCAUCAGGUGGUUCGGGUGAGCACAGAGUGGGAAUAUCAGCAGCAACUGCAGGAAGGGGAACAGUGGCUGGUGGUUCAGGAGUGAAGAAGCAGGGUGCAGCGGUGGCAGGAGGAAGCACAGGGGGGCAGUCAGGGAAGGGCAAGACUGUGCCAGGUGAGCAUGGUGAUAUUCAAAGGAAUGCCAGCCGCACUGCAGGUGCAGGGAAGGAGGUGGUGGUGGCAGUACCAGCUAAGCAGGGAGGGGGCGGGGCUCAAGGGGAUAUGGGGGCCAAGGGGCACGUGAGCAGUGGCAAGGGGGGCAAGAGGGCAGAGGUGGUGGGUAGCAAGCAGGCAGCAGGUGGCAGAGGAAAGGCUGGAGCUGCUUCAGGCAGUGCAGUGGCAGCAAGCAAGGGUGCUGCUCUGACUCCUAAAGUCAGCAGUCCUGCAGUGCGUAGCAUCACAGGCACAGCAGCAGCAGCAGCAGCAGCAGGCAGCAAGACAGCAGCAAGAGUAACAGGUGGUAAAGCAGCAACGGGGCAGGGGAUGAAGGUAGCUGGGAAGGAAGGGCAAUCAGGGAGAGUUGAAGGUGGGAAAGCAGCUGCGGCUGACAGUGGCAGUGCACAGGGGAGACAGGCUGCAGAGGCGUCAGCAACAGCCCACAAGGCGGGAUCUAGUGUUGAGAUGUCCGCUGCAAGCAGUAAAGUGAAGGCAGUGGGUGGUGCAGCAAAAAUUGCUGCUAGUGCAACAGCAGGGAAAGGUGUAGCCCAGGGCAAAGGUGGGAGAGAGGGCCCUGUAAGAGGUGGGAAAAACGUGAAAGUAGGUGGGAAGGAAGAAACCAUGGAGACCAGUGGGCGCAAAGACCAAGUACCACAGCACCAGCAGCCGCACAAGGCGACGCAGCAAGAGGUGCAGAAGGGCCAGGACAAAGGAAGCAUGGCAGAUUCUGGGCUGAAGCAACAAAGUGCUGCUGGCGGUGUAGAAGGUACUGGGAAAAGCCAGCUGCCUGCACAUGGCAGCAGGUCAGGGAUAGCGAGUGUUAAUGCUUCGGGAAGAGAAAGCCCUGAAGCGACGGUGCAACAGAAUCCUCUAGAUGCCAAAACGAGUAGACCAGUAGGGAAGGGGGUGGUUGCCAGUAGAGGUACUACCAAUGCCAAAACAAAGGCCAAAGGCUGAUUGAUUUAAUGAGUAUUCUUUUUCUAUAGUACACCUAGAAUGUAUGCUU